UAUUACUAUCAAUGCAAUUCCACAACGCCGGGACAUUACUCUCCAUCACACUCGCGAAUAUAAUGGAGGAACGCGGAGAGGUAUACCGCGAAUUAGAGAGCAUUAUGGUCAAAGAUCGAUCCGCGAUCCACAUUCUGGAGAAAGCUUGCUACCUUCCUCGAGCACUCCACAAUCUGGUGUCGACGGUCAUGUCGGCCUCGAUGCGAGAUGUCAAUAUGCACAGCGCCACCGCGAUAUGGGUUCGACCUUCUUUUACGAAAAGCUUUGUGGCAUCCUUAGAUCCCAACCUUUUCCAGGCCUGGUUCAUGGACCCACCUUUGAACAACGCCUGGCCUGAAAUCGUCUCGCGCGCCCAGGAGAAAACGCCGACCGGCCUCACUCGAACAGAUCUCAACUUCUACAGAGAGCAAUCUACCGUACACUGUGAAUGCCUAUUGGUCGCAUAUCUGCUCGAGAAUCAAAUUCCCGUCUACCCGUUCAUUGGAUGUACAAAGCUCUCGUGCUAUGCCUGUACCAUGUACAUCCAGGCCGUCAACCAGACUUUCGAAGGCCUGUUGCAGUCAUUUGCAGUGAAAGGAUCGCACGGCAAACUCUACCUUCCAUGGUCCUGCCCCGAUCUAGUGGAUGUUGGUCGGAGGGGUAUCGCCCUCGAGAAGUGCCUGGAGGAGAACUUACUGUAAGAUCUCCGGGUACUAGCGAAGCAUAUUAGUUCACAUGCAUCCGACAACUCAGACGACUCCAGAAGGCCGUUCUCUUCUUCGUUAGUGGCGAAGCUGUCGAAGAAGAUGCGUGCCAGACACGCCGAGCGAACGCACAGCGCUCGAGAGGCCGCCCAGGAGGGUUAGGACGUUCGCAUUCAAAGCGCCACGACUACAGAAUCCCGCGAGCCUUAUUGCCACAUUUUUACUCACGUCGGUCAUGGUUCCAUACUCGUUCAUUCCCUAACUGCAACGGAACAGGACACAACUUCUUUAAAUGCUCAGGUCACGGACGGUCAAGUUGUCAGUCGGAAUUCACUUGACCAUAGGUCUCCCUCCGCCCUCCGCCCUCCGAUCGAGGACUGAGUGCGAAUACCGAGAGUGCGAGGCUGUCAUGGCGAUAAGUAGUUGUGUAUGGGAGAAGGACCAGGGCUAAGGCGGGCUCAGGAAGGUCGUGUGGCACUGCAUAUUCGAUGCGUGGAGAGAUGGACUGAGGUUGAGGAUCGAGGGGUGGGACUGUGUCA